AUGCAGGGAGCUGCAGCAGGGGGCCCCCAGUGGCCCCCAGUUGCCCCCAGUCUGCUGCAGCAAAUGCAGCAAAAUGCAGCUAGCAGCACCAAAGGCAGCAACCCUACCUUUACGCAUGCAAAUGCUAAUCAAGGAAACGAAUUAAGACCAUUACCUGAUCUAGGUUCCUUGGGCCCCUAUGGUAUGCAGGGGAGUGCCGAUGCUGCUGCGUUCCCGCAGAUGCGAGCAGCUGCAGCAACAGCAGCUACAGCAGCAAAUGCAUAUGAUCCUCAGACGAGUGCAGCAACAACAGCAGCAGCAGCGGCAGCUUCUCGUUCUGCUGCUGCUCCGUCAAAGGACGGAGCAGCAGCAGAUCCUGCAGCACCAGCAGCAGGAGGGUUGCAGCUAGGAGGAUUGUCUUUUGCUCGUCUCUCUGAUAGUACUGUUCCCCUUAGACAUUCACAUACAGCAGCAUUAGCAGCCUAUAGAGGAAAGCAAAGAGGGAGCAGCAGCAGCAGCAGCAGCAGCAGACACUUCAGCGCAUGGAGAGACGCACAACCUAAUCAAGUUCAAUUGAUUGCUGUUGGUGACACUGCGCUCUUCCAAGGAGUGUGCUUCGGCGAUGCAAGACAAAGCGAUCCGCGAGUUCCUUGCGGAGUGGCGUACCCUGGUAUGGGGGCCUUCGCGUUGCAGUUAGCCAUGGGGCCCCCUGAGGCCUCAUCAUCAUCAUCUGCUGCUGCUGCUGGAGGAGCAGCAGCAGCUCCUGCUGCUCCUGCUGCUCCUGCUGCUCCUGCUGUUCCGAAGAGGCCCAUGGUGCUGCUGUCCACUGCAGCACGGGAAGGAGUUGAAGGAGCAAAUGGCUUUGUGCAGGAGCUGUUAGAGAGAGCUUGGCUAUCUAGCGGCAACAGCGUCAGCAGCAGCAGCAUCAGCAGCAGCAGCAGCGGCUAUAUCAACAGCAGCAGCGGCUUCAUGAGCAGCAGCAGCAGCAGCAGCAGCAGCAGCGUUUGCGACUUCCGUGGCAUGAAUGCUGUGCCAUGGGGAGCGGGCCCCAUUGGCUUCUUUGCGCGCAGCACGGCGAGUCGCGAGACUGUUGCUCUUACCUCCGUUAUUGAUGAUAUGCUGCUGCAAAACAGCAACAGUGCAGCAGAAUAUUCAUCAGAGUUAUUAUACCUAGGCAGCUCCAGGACCUCUGAAUACGCAACUAUUGCAUCAAUGAUAGCAGCAGAACCAGGAAGAUUAUUUGGUGCUUAUUUAACAAUUGCUGCUGAGGUUAACAGCACAAGUCGUAAAAACAGGAAAGUAAACACUUCUUCUCGUGAUAGAGUUCGCGAGUUUACCUUCAGGCGUGACAGCCGGUCUAUGCGAGGAGCCCGACUGGAUUUUGUCGUGACUCUGUCGGGUCCGCACCUUUCGGGUAGCUCGGAUCGCGUGCCUGAGGAGGUGAAGACUACAGUUGGGAUAGAAAUAGCGAAAAAAUUACGUCAAGUAAUUGAUAAAUAUUUAUGGGCGGCAUUUGAUGAUACAAAAGGAGAGAAACGGCUAACAGCUGAUCUUCCCAUCCUCUUCGUACAGGUACAAAAAGUACGAAUGAUGAUGGAUAACUCGGCAAGGCAAACAAGAGUUGUCAAUGUAGAAUUGCUGCAGCACACAGGAGAUCCAAUGAACUGUCUAGGGAUUCCUAUUGUACUUUACACCACUGCAAUUGGAGCGGCGUUGCCUGCAUAUAUUUUAGGUCACCUGAAGAGCCCCGGCCUAACGAAGAUCAUUCGCCAGACAAUCGUAGACGCGCGUUCACUGGGACCGAUGCAUCAGCCUGCACUUGCCGGCCACAUGACGGCGCUUCGCGAGGAUGUUGAACGACUUCAUGAUUGGUUGGAUCGCGUGGGCCCUUCUUGGCCAAUAACGACGAGCGUGGGGAAUUUGAUGGAUUUGCUGUUAAGAUCCCACGAGGAAGCAGUGGAACAACAGGAGAAAUGCAGAGCGGCCACUGCCUCGUUGCAUCUGCCUUCGGAUGAUCCAAUGUUGGAGUAUGCAGACAUGUUCUGCCAGAUGUAUCCUCAAACAUAUUUCCCGCAUUCCGCAGGAAAGGAGGAGAUGGAGGCCUACGCACUGCGCAUUGGACUGACCCUUCGUGAGCUGCUGGGGGGAGGGGAAGAACGGGAUGACGGUGAUGAACGCGCGGCCCACUCACUGGCGGAUUUCGAAGAAACUCUGGGGUUGCGGCGGAGGCGCCUCUCGCGUAACGAAGACGAAUCAGGCGAGGAGGAGCUGCAGCUGUACGGGGAGGGCUGGUCGCUAAGCAGUCCUUUAGAAGACGUAAUUAACAGCCAGAGCAGAGGCGGAGAUACAAACGUCGAGGAAACAGGACCAAGAGAUGAGUCUGCUUCCGCCAUGGUGGGCGAAGGCUCUAGCAGAGCAGAAGGCAGCCCCACUCCUUCUGCCUCCCGCACCAGAGAUCCUAUAGAGGCAUUUCCAGGGCUGCUGCCGGGUCCGGUUAAAAUGUCCCCCGCCCCCACGGUGCACGAGCAGCAGAUGCUUCGGCAGCAGCAGCAGCAGCAGCAAGAAGGGGUUGCAGAAGCAAAGCAGUUCACCACACCUCCCCACGGGGGAGCUGCGAAUGCAGAUGCAGCGGUUGCAGAUCAUCACAGACCUCCUCUUUCUGGAGAGGCUGGUGCGGCAUCAACUAAUGAACCGUCCCCAGCCCAAGGCAACAGCACAGCUGUGCAUGAUGUGGCAUCAACACCCCUCUUAGAAAAAUUACGGCGGGAGUUUGAGGAGCAAGCAGCUCGGCAGCAACACCUGCUGCGGCGCAUCGCUGCCCAACAGAAACAGCAGAGCCGCAUCCAAGAGCAGCAGGCGAAGCUCCUGAUGCAGCAGAAACAACAACAGCAAGAGAACGUUGUCCUGGCGGCACCCCAGUACGAGGGCGCGGUACAUAGCAUCGUGACUCGCCCCCCUAAGGCACAGAUUAAAGAUCCUCCCGUGGAGCCGGCCUUGCGCGCUGGAGAGCAGCAGAAGCCGCCUUCCAACGAUUCGCCUCCCGUGUUAUUCCCUGGUAUCAAUGCACCACACGAAGGCGAUGCUGCAACACGGCAGAAGCUGCUGCAGCAGGACCGUCGGGGCUACGCUGAUGCGUAUUAUCACAAGAUAAUGGACGAGAGCGAACGGGCGCACCUAAGGAGCAUGUUAGAAGAACGCUACGGGCCUUUAUUUUUUAAUAUCUUAGGGUUUCUGUUCAGUGACAACAUGCUACAAGACCUCCUCGUGGUCGCGGAGUGGCACUUGAAUCCUGAGGCACACAAGGAGUUGUGCAAAGAACGCAAAUUUUCUCUGUUUGUUCAACAUGCAGACCCAGGGCGAUUUCGUCUAAUGAGCAACGUCGCAGAGGCCACUCAUCGCCAUUUUCCGAAUCAGAUUACGCCUUAUGAUACUGACGCUGGGUUGGCAACGUGGAGGCGGGCGCUGGAAGGACUUCGGCAGUUUCAGCGGUUUUUCCUUUCCCGUGUUUGA